AUGUCUGACCUGCAGUUAACAAGGGAGGCUGACCACUGGGAGAGGAUUGCUCCCACCCCGGAGUCCGAUGCAUCCACCUCCACAAUGAACUGGCGCCCUGGGUCUGGAAAGAAAAGGAUGGGAGGAGACGAGAACCGUGACUUCAACUCAUUGAAUGCUCUUUCUGCAGCAGAGGACCACUGGAAGCCUAUUUUCCAGGAGCCUCUGGAGAACACUGAGAACAUGCUGAACAUGCUCCAGUUCAGACUUAGAGAAGAUCAGGAUAUCAUCAAGACGGAGAGGGAUGGUGUGGUGGGUUACUGUGCAGAGGAGCCGCCCAUCCAGGGCAAUGGGCCUAAUGGACUGGAUCCAAGGUUCCUGAUCCACACCCAGCUGAACAGAAAGAGUACGGUCCAGGAGGUUGGUGUCGGCCCCAGAGUCAAUAAAGACCGAGACAGUGAUCUCUGCUGUUCCGUCUGCCAUGAUGUCUUCAGAGAUCCUGUCAUUUUGUCAUGUAGCCACAGCUUCUGUAAAGACUGUUUGAAGAGCUGGUGGAAAGACAAAGAAGUAAAAGAGUGUCCAGUUUGUAAGAGAAGAUCUUCAAAGGAUCUACCACCUAAUCUGGCGUUAAAGAACCUGUGUGAGACCUUCUUACAGGAGAGAGAUCAGAGCUCUUCACAUGCUCUCUGCAGUCUGCACUCAGAGAAACUCAGACUCUUCUGUCUGGACCAUCAGCAGCCAGUGUGUGUGAUCUGCAGAGAUUCAGAAAAACACACUGACCACAGAUUCAGACCCAUCGAUGAAGCUGCACAACAACACAAGAAGCAGCUUCAGGAAACUCUGGAGCCCUUGAAGGAGAAGUUACAGUAUUUUGAACGUGUUAAAAUAAAGUGUGAACAAACAGCAGAACACAUUAAGGUCCAGGCCGGACUCACAGAGACGCAGAUCAAGGAGCAGUUUAAAAAGCUUCAUCGGUUUCUGGAGGAGGAAGAGGAGGCCAGGGUGGCUGCACUGAGGGAGGAAGAGGAGCAGAAGAGUCGGAUGAUGAAGGAGAAGAUUGAGUCUCUGAGCAGAGACAUGACGGUUCUUUCAGACACAAUCAGAACCACAGAGGACGAGCUGAGAGCUGAAGACGUCUCGUUCCUGCUCAACUACAAGGCUGCAGUGGAACGAGUCCAGCAGCGCCCCCUGCUGGAUGAUCCACAGCUGGCCUCAGGAGCUUUGAUAGAUGAGGCCAAACAUCUGGGCAACCUGAGCUUCAACAUCUGGAACAAGAUGAAGGACCUGGUCUCCUACAGUCCUGUGGUUCUGGACCCAAACUCUGCUCAUCCAUGUCUUGUCCUGUCUGCAGAUUUGACCAGUUUGAGACGAGGAGAGAAACAGAAGCUUCCUGACAAUCCAGAGAGGUACAAUCAAUACUUCUCAGUCCUGGGAUCUGAGGGUUUUAACUCAGGGACUCACAGCUGGGACGUCCUGGUUGGAGACAGUACCCGCUGGACACUGGGUGUAAGAUCACAGUCUGUCCAGAGGAAGGAAAGGGCAGCGUCUGGAGUUUUUGGAAGAUUACGUUUUCUAUUGAGAUACUCAGGAUUGUCACUAUCAGCAUCAUCUGUUCCCUCUGUGCAGAAGAUCAAGAGGAUCAGAGUGAAACUGGACUGGAACAGAGGAGAACUGUCGUUCUUUGAUCCAGAUACAAACACACACAUUCAAACCUUAACAAACACUUUCACCCGGAAGAUGUUUCCAUUCUUUAGCGAUAUAGAUCACUUGAAGCUGUUACCUGUGAAAGUCUCUGUGACGCUGGAUCAGAGCAACCUGUAUCUAUUUGGCCUCGAAGAAUUGUCACUAUCAGCAUCAUCUGUUCGCUCUGUGCAAAAGAUCCAGAAGAUCAGAGUGAAACUGGACUGCAACAGAGGAGAACUGUCGUUCUCUGAUCUUGAUACUAACAAACACAUUCACACCCUCAGACUCACUUUCACUCAGAAGAUGUUUCCAUUCUUUAACACUGGAGAUCACUUGCAGCUGUUACCUGUGAAUGUCUCUUUAAAAUGGCAGGCUGACCACUGGGAGAGGACUGCUCCCACCCCGGAGUACCAUGCGUCCACCUACACAAUGAACUGGCGCUCUGGGUCUGGAAAGAAAAGGAUGGGAGGAGACGAGAACCGUGACUUCAACUCACUGAAUGCUCUUUCUGCAGCAGAGGACCACUGGAAGCCUAUUUUCCAGGAGCCUCUGGAGAACACUGAGAACAUGCUGAUCAUGCUCCAGUUCAGACUUAGAGAAGAUCAGGAUAUCAUCAAGACGGAGAGGGAUGGUGCGGUGGGUUACUGUGCAGAGGAGCCGCCCAUCCAGGGCAAUGGCCUUAAUGGACUGGAUCCAAGGUUCCUGAUCCACACCCAGCUGAACAGAAAGAGUACGGUCCAGGAGGUUGGUGUCGGCCCCAGAGUCAAUAAAGACCGAGACAAUAGACUGUCCUUUGCAGAAGAGCUGGGCGUGGAGAAGGGGACAACCAAUUUUAUUUAA